UCUUGAGAGAAUGGACAACGUCAACCAAUCUGUCACCACUGGAGUUUCCUCUACGACUGCAUCCAUCGCAAGUAACUGCAUCACAAACAGUAAUCCAACUGCACAUGCAGCCAGCAUCCCGUCGCUGGCUAGUAAUGCCUCAACAUCGGCUACCAUGGUGACCCCAUCAUCCGACACGUCCGUAUCCAACGGUGUCUAUGUUCCUGGAGGCAUUUCCAAUGGUGAUAUGAAGCCAUCCCUUUCCACCACACCCCUGGCAGACUUCCUUAUGCAACUGGAAGACUACACUCCCACGAUUCCCGAUGCGGUCACAGGUUACUACCUCAACCGGGCUGGCUUUGAGGCAUCUGAUCCAAGAAUAAUUCGUCUCAUUUCCCUAGCAUCUCAGAAGUUCAUAUCCGACAUCGCCAACGAUGCCCUUCAAUACUGUAAAAUGAAGGGCACUGCUUCCGGAAGUUCAAGAAAUAAGACUAAGGAUAAGAAGUACACUUUGACCAUGGAGGACCUAAGUCCAGCCCUCACUGAAUACGGAGUUAACGUCAAGAAACCUUAUUACUUCACAUAAGAUGCCCCUAGUUUUCUGCUUUUGCUAGUUUAUUUACUCUCUGACCCGCUAUUGCUUGUAAAGGCCUUUUGCAAAUUACAAUUUGUUAAUCAGGGUGCUUUAUUAGACUAUGUAAUGCAUUUGCAGACACUUUUACUCUUUGUUUUCCAUAUGUUUUGUUUAGCAUACUUGCAUACAAUGAGAGAAGUUGUACAAUUACCAUGUUUUAUCGAAAAUAAUAAAAGCCCUCCCAUUAAACCAAA